UCGAUUAAUUUAUAUCACAAAGCAGCACUGAAUCAACUGACAGCAACUCAGUAAGACGAAAAAACACAGAGCGAAAUUAAAAUGAAGAAUUGUGUGGACUUGGUAUUCAGCGAUGACUACUUAAUGUCCGAGGAGCGUUAUAACAUGAUCGCCAAGUGCUCGAGGAGGACAAUGAGGAAUAAGCCACCGAAGAAGCGUACUAAGUUAACGAAUGCAAUCCCCGAGGAGUCCAUAAUGAGUCCAUCUUCGCCCGAUCCUGCAGUAGCCUUCGAAACUAUCGAACUUGACAAUUCAAGGGACUUGGAUCCUGGAAGUGUCGAAUUUCCCGAGUUUGGUAACCCGCUGCCGAAUGUCUCCAUUCGCGAACAAAUGCGGGUGACGGCUGAAAACCGUAGAAAAAUCCUCACCUGGCAGAAAGUUCAGCAGAAAAACCUUAUGGAUGUUUGGCGCAAGCAAUCACGUAAGGUUUCAUCUGAAAAAUAGAACCAGUUAUGAAAAUCUUUUUCUAAUUCUAUAUUUAUGGCAUCUGGGAUUUUUACGAACUUUAUAUCCAUCUUUACAAACUUUAUAGCCCUUAUAAUGGCUCUCGUUUAAAUAUAUUAAAUAAUGAAAUAAAAUACAAUAAAUCUGCAUUUAACAAGCUUUGCGGCAUGGCGCGACGGCGCAAUUGAUCCGAUUUUUAUCUAUCGAUUAGACUGUUAGAUCGACUGUCAAACUUAAACAAUGUUAAAAUUAAAGAGACACAUAUUAAGAAAACAGUUAACUUAUAUUUUGACCGAAUUCCUUUACAAAAAUCAAUGAACCAUGAUAGAUUUUAUCUUGAUUAUCUUUAUCUUUAUUUAUAAAAAAAUAUCGCAUCUUUUAACAGACUGCGCAUAUCGAUAUCCAUGUUAACGAAAGCUAAAACCGAGUUAAGUUGGUUGCGCCAAAAAUAUAGGCGAUGAUUAUGAUUUUUGUAAUAAAAUACUUCUAAUGAUAGUUAUUAUAUGAAAAUAUAUGUCAUUGAAGCUUUCGCAACUUAAUUAAUUGGAUUCGAAUCAAAUUUUGCCAUUGUCAAACACAAUAUGCUCAUACCAAGCCAAUGAACACGCAAUGAGGCACUUUAAAUGCAAAACUCACUUGCAUUUUGGGCAUAUGGAAAACAUUUAACGAGCUUGGCAAAUAACCAAAUGGAAUUGGGAGAAAAUCAACAUACAUACCAUACAACAUACAUAUAUCUGUGGGUAUCUGGACUCUAGCUGCAUGCCAGGAUGCUGAGCCGUGUCAGGAUGCAUUGAUUUAUGUCCAGCAGAAGUCAAAAAGAGGGAGGAGCUGGACAGAGCAAAAACAUGAAUCUUCAUUUGUGAAUUACAUUUUAUAUGGUUGUCGGACAUUCGGUCAAGCUGUUGUUGAAACACACAAAACAGAUAUGGUCAUAAUAAUAGCUAUUUUUUUAAAUCAA